GGUGAUUUAGGGUGGCUCGACGUUGGUUCCUCUAGUGAACCCGUGAAGCGGAAACCAGAGAAGGAAGGUGUCUCGUUGGUACUUUUGGGGAGUGCAAGGCAUCAAGAAGACUUGGCUAGAGUGGAAGAGCUCAAGCAGUUGGCCGCUAAACUGGGCGUGCAGUAA